UUUACUUCAAAAUAAACUCAAAAAUAUUUUUAAAAAAUUCUUUAAGAAAAUGUCUUCGGAAGUCGAAUUUAAACUGCAAGAUUUAGCUAAAAUUGCUCUAGGAGCACCACAACUAACCAACGUCAAUAUUGCUAUUCUUCAUAGUCUCAUAGAUAUUUUACUUAAAAAGCUAAAUUGCCAAACCGAAACAGUUUCGCUAAAUGCCCACGAUUCUAAGCACCUGGAGAACAUUUUAAAAACUGCCAAAUUAUCACCCUUAGUCUUCAGCGAUGAAAAUGUGGAGAUAAUUGCGCCAAAACUAGAACGUUUAGAUAAAUUACAAGAACGUGUUUCAAAUUUAGACAAAAAAUUGAGCAAUCAUUUAGAAGAACUGCAAAGAAAUGAUAAUUUUAACGAAACUGUCUUCAACUGGGAAAAUUGGCCAACGUAUGGCUGUGAGGACUUGUGUACCACAUGUGAUCCGGAGAAUGAAAUGGCCUGUAAACUUUUAAAAAAUACCGAUUUUCUUAAGAAACUACUAAGACGUAUUUCAUCACCCAUGGUGGAUCGUAUAUUUUUGUUGGAAGAAAAAAUUGAAAAACUCUCUAAAGAGUUCACUAACUUUAUCAAAAGAACCGAGGAGGAAUAUUUAAAAAUCAAGUUACUCGAAAAAUGUAUUCUAGAAAUAGAAACUUUGCGUCAAAAGGUGGAAGAAAAUCAGACACAAUUUCUUUAUACCAUGGAAGAAAUUCAAGAUAUGUUGGAUACAAAAUUGGACAAAAUACACAUGCCUGCCUUAAAGAAAUAUAUACUUGAAAACUUUCAACGCAUUGAUCAGUGCGUUAAAACAAUGCAAGACAAAAGACAAUGUAACCGAGCAGCUGGCAUUAUAAUGGAGGGAUUACGUUGCAUGUCUUGUGGUGAAACAAAAGUUUGCAGUGAAGUUGGGGUUCAAUCGGCCUCUAUGUUGCCCGAUAUGGGAGUGAAAUCACCAAAAGUAAUAAGAAAAUAUUGUGGUGUUUUACAUAAAACAGUAGAUGAUUGGAAAGGUAUUAAAAAGCCUCGCGUUAAAUCUUUGAAUCUAAGUGAUGUUGUUAAAGUGAAACGAGAGAAAAUUAUUAAUGUGAUUCAUGAUGAUGACAGUGCAAUACCAAAAUGUCGUAAAGCGGGUGAGGAUUUUGAUUUGAUGGAGGGAUCGGAUGGCAAGUUAUAUCGUAAAGGAUGAUUGUGUGUAAAUUUUGAAUGUGUUAUUUCGAUUUUCAUCGAUUUUUCUUAAUUAUCGAUUUUCAAUAAAUUUUCUUUUUAUAGAAAUA